AUUUUAAAAAUACACAACACGCUUACAUCGGUGGGUCUUGCCCAAGCAAUUGCUAGAGUAAUCUAUUGAGCUUAAAUUUGACUUGAAAAGAAUUUUCAAGACGUUCUGGCUUGUUGAAUGCUGAAAACUUUUCAUGCUUUCAAUUUUGGAACCCAGCGGAAAUCACUGAUUGAGCGGGAAGUCGCAAAAUACAGCCUAAUUUCUUGACCCAAACCGUAUGUUUUGAGGAAUUCUUGGAGCGAUCUUGAAUUUUACGGGUCUUCAAGCAUCUAAACAAAAACUCAAGUGUAGCGCGCGUGGAAAAAUGGAGUUUCUGCAGAAGUUGAAGAUAUCUGGUGGGGUGAAUUUAAGUAACUUACGCCCUUCCCGAGACACAGAGCGAACAACGGUUAAUACCUCAACUGCAAGACCGAGGACGGAUUCGAAAGAAGAUGUUUCGCUGCCGCCAAGGGGAUCGCCCGCCGCCAAAAAGAUGAAAAUCCUUCUUGUUAUUGAUUCACCCGAUACGGAUUGGGCAAAGAUAUUCAAGGGAAGGCAACUCCAUGGAGGUGUUUAUGACGUGAGGGUAGAGCAGGCUCAGUUUGCAGAUCUAAAUCUCGCUUCGUACUCAGACAGUGGUACAAUGGUUGAUAUCCAGGUCUAUCGCGAGGGAACUGUUGUUGUCAGGUCUUUUCGCCCCGACUUCGUUCUUGUUCGGCAGAGUGUGCGGGGUAUUGGGCCGAGAGAAGAUUACCGCUGUAUUCUUCUUGGGCUACAGUUUGGCAAUGUACCGAGUGUGAACUCGCUAACAUCCAUCUACAAUUUCGCAGAGAAACCCUGGGUGUUCGCUCAACUCAUCCAGCUCCAGAAGAGACUGGGCAAGGCUGAAUUCCCAUUGGUUGAACAAGCGUACUAUCCAAAUUACAAGGAAAUGCUAAUUACCCCCAAGUUUCCAGUUGUGGUGAAGGUCGGCCAUGCAAAUGGUGGAUACGGCAAGGUCUGUGUGCACAACCAUCGUAGUUUCCAGGACAUCGCCAGCAUUGUGGCGCUCUCGGACACCUACGCCACAACGGAGCCGUUCAUUCCCGGAAAAUGCGACAUCAGGAUUCAGAAAAUUGGCACCCACUACCGUGCGUUCAAGCGAACCUCCAUUUCCGACAACUGGAAAACUAACACGGGUUCGGCGGUGCUUGAGGAGAUAGCUAUCACUGACAGAUAUAAAAAGUGGGUUGACGAAUGUAGCAAGCUGUUUGGAGGUGGUCUUGACAUCAUGUGUGUGGAGGCGAUCGUAGGGAAAGACAAUAAAGAGUAUAUCAUUGAGGUGAAUGACACAGCCAUGCGACUUUUCAGUGACACACAAGAUGAAGACCAGAGAAGGAUCGCUGACCUAGUGAUCGAUAGAAUGGAAAAGCAGUAUCCACCGACCUUAGAACCCAGUACCGCCACGGGCGCCGCGCUGACAGCUGACGCGGUUGGUGGUGGUAGUGGCGCGUUCAAAGUUAUCGGGGGUCCCGGCGCACCAACAGCUUCAGAAGGGGCAACGAAGACGCCGGAGAAGAAGAAAAAUGGAAUGUUCAGUGGGUUUAUCGAUUAGUUUUCAUUUAUUGAAUGUUCUAACGGUGUGUCUAAAGAGUGGAAACUUGUAUAUCCGGGGGGGACUCCCACAUAAAAAGGACGGGGGUUAAAAAAAAGCGGGUUUGGUACCUCUGAGGGAGUUGAGCCUCAAAAUAUAUAUGUAUAUAUUAAGCUGAAAAAAAUAUGACAGGAGAUAAUGUGUUUUUUUAGAAUUGGUAC